CCACUCUUUUGAUGUCUGAACCGCUUUGGGGUGGCCUCUUGUUUGUGGAGGAAGCGUUUAUCUUCUCCUCCCAUCUUUUGUUCUCAGCCUCUCACCCGGACUAUACUCCAUACUCAAGAAAAGUAAGAAAGAAAAUAUGUCUUCUCCCAGUAAACGUCGAGAGAUGGACUUGAUGAAGCUGAUGAUGAGCGAUUACAAGGUGGAGAUGAUCAAUGAUGGCAUGCAGGAGUUUUAUGUGCAUUUUCACGGGCCUAAAGACAGUCCUUAUCAUGAAGGUGUGUGGAAGAUUAGAGUAGAGCUGCCCGAUGCUUAUCCUUAUAAAUCUCCAUCCAUUGGUUUUGUCAAUAAAAUAUACCACCCUAAUGUUGAUGAAAUGUCUGGCUCAGUUUGCUUAGAUGUUAUUAAUCAGACCUGGAGUCCCAUGUUUGACCUUGUUAAUGUAUUUGAAGUUUUUCUUCCCCAACUUCUUCUGUACCCCAACCCAUCAGAUCCGUUGAAUGGUGAAGCUGCUGCAUUGAUGAUGCGUGAUCGUGCUGCAUAUGAUCAAAAAGUCAAAGAAUAUUGUGAAAAGUAUGCCAAGCCGGAAGAUGUUGGUGCUACCCAGGACGAAAAGUCUAGUGAUGGAGAGCUGAGUGAAGACGAUUAUGGCUCUAGUGAUGAGGGAAUUGCAGGGCAACCUGAUCCUUGAGUCUUAACGUUGCAAUACAACGCGGACCUUAUCAUCUUUCUUUUCCAUGAUGAUAAUUAGGCACAUCAAUAAAUUUCUGAUUUGAAUGUCCAAGACAUUUGCUGUUGUGACUCAAGCUAGUUUUUAGCUUUACUUGUAAAUGCAGAUGUUCAGACCCGAGCGCUUGUUCUCUCACCAGGAUGAAAUUAUGUGAACACCCUGUUUACCCUUUGUUUGAUUCAAUGAAAAUCCUUAAAGUUAA